AUGAAGGUCAGUAUUUUAGUUAUUAAUAUUGUUCUUCCAAUGACUGUAUCAAUUGGUUUGUAUUGUUAUGCACUGCUAAGUUCUCGUUGGACUUCGAUUAAUCACAAUGCAAUUAUUAAACAUAAUCUAACCAAUCAACAACGAGAAUAUUUAGUAAUGAAUAAUCAAAGUAUUCAAUUGCAAAAACGUCUCCUCCGACACGCAUUUCGUUCACAAUUAAGCUUAUUUGGUUAUUGUCUUGAUUAUAAAUGGAUUUAUUUAUAUACAAUCAAUAGUGACAAGCAUGAUCUUGGUCAGAUGGAAUCCCACUCCAUUCUCUCUCCUGAAUUAUGUAAUAGCUCAUUUGUUUACUGUCCUGAAACAAAAUCUUGCGUGAAAAGAUGUGAUGAUGCUCCAUUGUGUCCAUCUUAUAUCGAUCAAGAAAUGUGUGAUCAUAUCUUCAAUCGUACACAUUACUAUUUAAAAGAUGAGAAAUGUAUCUGGAGACAAACAAUUUCGAUUGAUCUCCAAGGUGUUCAAGACUAUUUCUCAUUCAAGUUCUCCUCUUCGACACCAUCAUCACGUGAUCGACACAAUGACUUGAAACGUAUCCGUCAUUCGGUUAUGAUACUUCUCUUCAUCGCUUCGCCAUUAUUAACAUUUAUGGCCCUACUAAUCUUAUUGUGUAUAAAUUGUGUUGAUCGAUUUUAUUCAAUUCCAUUUGCAUUUAUUAGUUUAUUUUCUUUCGCAUCGUUUCUCAGUGGCGCGGGAGGCUUAGGAAUCUUCCUGUACGAAUGGACACGAGAUCGUUUCUAUCGACCUGAUUAUACUUAUGAAUUAGGACAAUCUGAAGCAUUGAUUGUAGCAUUUAAUCCUUGGAUUAUCAAUGUGGAACGUUUUGGUUUAGCUUUUUGGUUAGCAGUUGCUGCUAUCAGCGCAAAUCUGUUAACAACAACACUCAGUUGUUGUUUUUGUUGGGCUUUACAAUCGGACAAAUCUAAAUUACGUAUACAUGUCAAUAACAAGAAGUAUGUUAUUGUUCACACAAGUCCAUAUGAUGAAUGA